AUGACUAGUCCAUACGAGCCCAUGCGUCCGGUGUACGAGCCUGACGAAAGUUACGCGAGCGACAACGCCGUGGGCGGCGGUUAUGGUGGUGCACGUCGUGGAAACGAUUCCGGUGACGAUGAGAUGAGUUCGUUGUCGUUUGGAGCGUUGAAGAAGGCCGAAGCGCAGUUGGAAGAUGAGAAUAGGAGUUUGAAACUCAGGAAAAGAUCCGUACGUGAAAAGGACGUGUCACCGAUGGUUCGGAAACAAGAGAAACCCAAGCGAGAAGCGGUUGUAAGCGACUCGUCUGAAAGUGAAGAUUCUUCGCCCGAUGAGGCUUUCUUUGAAGAAGAGAAGACAUUCGACCACCAACGGCGGUCUAAGAAAAGUGCGAAAAAGAGCAAACACAGGCCUGCGGAAAAAAGUUCCAAAAAGCCCGUUUCCCGCAUAAGAGAUAUACCUGGCCUUUCAGGCCCCAAGAGCAUGAACACGAACCUGUAUCAAGAUGUGAGAUUCGACAAGUCGCGUGGCCGUUCCGAGAAUUUUGAGCAAGUGCGUAAAAACUACAAGUUUUUGGACGAUUACCGACAACGUGAAAUUGAAGAGCUUUCGUCUGUGCUGGGGAACCGUAAGCUGAUGAACAGGAUCGAUCCGACUGAAAAGGAAGAUAUGGAAGCACAGCUAAGAAGUAUGAAGUCGAAGUUGCAAACAUUACAAAAUCGCGACUUGGAACGCGAUGUGUUGAGGGAUUAUGAACAGAAAAUUAACGAGGGCAAUAAGAGCAAGUAUCAUUUGAAACAGUCUGAGAAACGCAAAGUCGUACAGAAGUGGAAAUUCGAGCACAUGAAGGCCAAACAGAGGGAGAAAGUCAUGGAGCGUAAACGUAAAAAGAGGCUGGGAAAGGAAUUCAAGCAAUUUGCGUUUCAUGAGCGUUAG